AUGGAUCGUUCCACCACUCUCGUCUCCCUCCUCCUCUUCCUUUCUCUCCUGACCUCUGCGCUCGCGUCCACCGUAACUCCUAACGACGCUGACCCUCUGAUCCAACAAGUCGUACCGGAAGCCAACGACAAUCUACUCCUCCACGCCGAGCGCCACUUCUCCAGCUUCAAAGCUACGUUCGGAAGGACCUACGCCACUCAAGAGGAGCACGACUACAGGUUCGGCGUCUUUAAGGCGAACCUGCGCCGAGCCAAGCGCCACCAGGGGCUCGACCCCACUGCCGUCCACGGUGUCACAAAGUUCUCCGAUCUCACUCCGUCGGAGUUUCGCCGGAAUUUUCUCGGACUAAAGCGUCUCCGGCUGCCAUCAGACGCUAACAAGGCUCCCAUCCUUCCUACCAAUGAUCUUCCCACCGACUUCGAUUGGCGCGACAAAGGUGCUGUCACACCGGUGAAGGACCAGGGGUCUUGUGGGUCGUGCUGGGCAUUUAGUGCGACGGGAGCAUUGGAAGGAGCUCAUUAUUUGGAAACAGGGGAGCUCUUGAGUCUGAGUGAGCAGCAGCUUGUGGACUGCGACCAUGAGUGUGAUCCAGAAGAAUUUGGUUCAUGCGACUCGGGGUGUAAUGGUGGGCUGAUGAACAAUGCAUUCGAGUACACACUCAAGGCUGGUGGACUAGAGCGAGAGAAGGACUAUCCUUACACUGGGACUGAUGAUACCUGCAAAUUUGACAAGAGCAAAGUUGUUGCUGCUGUAUCUAACUUCAGCGUUAUUUCCACAGACGAAGAUCAAAUUGCUGCAAAUUUGGUGCACCAUGGCCCACUUGCAGUUGGGAUCAAUGCCAUGUUUAUGCAAACAUACGUAAAGGGAGUUUCAUGCCCUUACAUCUGCGGAAAGCGUAUCGAUCAUGGAGUGCUUCUGGUGGGGUAUGGUUCUUCUGGUUUUGCUCCGAUCCGAUUUAAGGAGAAGCCUUACUGGAUCUUGAAGAACUCAUGGGGACAGAGUUGGGGAGAGGAGGGCUAUUACAAGAUCUGCAGAGGUCAUAAUCCUUGUGGGGUGGAUUCCUUGGUCUCCACUGUUGCGUCUCUGCAUACAUCCAAUCACUAG